AUGUCCUCCACCCUCUCGUUCCUCGACCAGUUCAAUGCCCCCUCAACCAAGGGCAGAAGGAGGAUUUCGAUCUACACCCCUAAGCACACCCACGUCGGCAAUAGCACUUUGCUGACACUACUUCUCAGUAACCCCACCGAUGUCUUCAAUAAACUCAAAACCCACAACCCCGAGGCAACCAAUGCCACCGACCGCACUGCACUAGAAGCAUACCUCUCCGCCCGCCAUGAAUACAAUGAGGCUGUCAAGGCAGCCGAUGAGGCCAUCAACCACCACAAGCGGCUCCUAUGGCGACAGGAUGACCGUGUCCUCACCGAGCUCAUUCGACUCGACAAUCUGAAAGUUGCCCAUCGCUUUCAACCGCUCCUACUGCGCAACAUCCGGGCGCGACACAACAAAUUCAUCCCACAUGCCAUCCCCAACGCAUACCUACCCCUACCUGCACCCCUACCGAUGUCUACCUUGAGGCGGCCCCCGAUCCCAUCCCCUUUCCUCCAAGCAAUGCCGCGGAGCACUACCAUCCUGGCUGACUGGCAACCCAACCCUGGCGAUGCGGAUCGUCUCGACACUGGGUACGGGACUGUCCAGACGUACGAUGCGCAGGAUGUGGAAAAGAAGCCCCUGGACACCUGGAAACCUGCACGACACGUGGGGGUGGUCGUCGACAACGUGUUCCUCGAGGGAAUCAUCAACGAGGCGAAGGAGAGGAAGGAGAAAGAAAGGGAGACGAAAGCGGUACCUAUUCCUCCACUGCGCAGUGCUAACCCCGAACCCCCGACCAGUCCCGUCGCGGGACCUUCGCGCCCCUGCCCCGAUACACCCGUCGUCUUUCGCAAAGUCGACCCCGACUGGACACCCGACACCACUCAAUGGACGUGGGACAGCUCCUGGCCGAAUCAGAAGCACCUCUCUGGCGAGGAAUGGAUGAACGUAGGGAGGAACGCACGCAAGGAGUGGUUCGACGAAGAGGAGGACGACGGUGUAGAUUGGGAGUUGUAUGGAGAUGGUGAGCAGUAA